AUGGCAAGUGAGAAUCUGAAUAUUAAUAUAAAAAGCGAAUUGGAGUCAGACCAGCCGGCAAAAAAAAUAAAAUUGGAACCAAAAUUAGAAAGUGAUGUGAAACAAUCUGUUAUGACAAGAACUGUGGCAACUAUGUGUGGAGCUUGGAGACCUGAAGAAGAAUAUGGGGGCUUGAUCUUCGUCUUUAAGGAUAGGGAUGGUGGCUUGAGUCCUGAUCCAGUGAAUCAAGAGGACUUUCCGGAGAACAUUGAAGAUUUCUGGGAGGCGAGCCUGUUGGCCAUCGAUGAUAAACAGAUUUCUCUAAUGUUUACAGAACCGCUAAAAGCCCGCUGUGCGUACUCCGUUUAG